UUCAGUGUGAGCUGUUCCUGCUCUUCCAGUCAGCUUUAUACAUUUCUGCCAGGGCUUUUUUUGUCGCUUCACUGCACACCUCAACUGUAAAGAUGGCUUCUGGGAAGUGUUUGACCAAAGGAAGUCCAGCACCAGGUCCGGUGCCCAAAGACAAAAUCAGAAUUUACAGCAUGAGAUUCUGCCCUUUUGCCCAGAGAGCUAGAUUAGUGCUUGCAGCCAAAGGAAUCAACCAUGAGACCGUUAACAUAAACCUGAAAGAUAAACCCGAGUGGUACCUGGCAAAGAAUCCGUUCGGUCUCGUCCCAACACUGGAGACGUCUGCUGGAGAGAUCAUCUACGAAUCUCCCAUCACUUGUGACUACCUGGAUGAAGUUUAUGCUGGGAAGAAGCUGCUUCCUUCCUCUGCUUAUGGCAAAGCUCAACAGAAGAUGAUGCUGGAGCACUUUUCCAAGGCGACACUAUACUUCUACAAGAUCCCAAUGGGGAAAAUUAAAGGCGAUGAUGUCUCAGGUCUGGAAACUGAACUGAAAGAGAAGUUUGGCAAAUUUAAUGAGUAUCUGGUGAAAAAGAAGUCAAAGUUUUUCGGUGGGGAUUCCAUCACAAUGAUCGACUACAUGAUGUGGCCGUUUUUUGAGAGGCUGGAGGGCUUUGGGCUGGAACACUGCAUGGCCGGCACUCCUGAGCUGAAGAAGUGGACAGAGCGCAUGUGGGAGGACCCAGCUGUCAAAGCCUGCAUGUAUGGUACAGACUUCUACAAGGUCUACAUAGAGUCCUACACCGCUGGGAAAGUCGACUAUGACUAUGGCCUGUAGAAAGUUCUGACCAAAGCCCCAACCGUCCAUUUAUAAUCAUAUCUUAAGUUUUCUUUUUUUCUCCCAACUCUGAUGUAAUAACAGUUCCAAAGAGCAAAAAUUUGUCUUCGAUGCACAUUUAUGAGGUAUUUUGUUAUCAUGGGAAUGACAUGCAGUAACUAGAAAAGGACUCGGAGAGCGCAGCACUCCGCCAAGGCUGUUCAUUCCUGCUUGUUGUCAUAGUUACGGGGACACUGUGCCGGCCGCUAUAUCUCGCAAUGGGAAAUCCUUAACAAAUCCGUGGAUUUAGAUUAUAAGCUGCAUCACUGCCAAAAUCUAAUCAGGUGGUCCUUGUGUCAUUUCUGACCUUCCCUGAAAAUUUCAUCCAAAUCUGUUGGUCCGUUUUUUAAUAAUGUUGCACACAGACAGACAUAUUCACGGACAAACGUACGCUGAUCGUCACAUAACUCCGCUGCGUUCCUUGGCGGAGUAAUGACAUACAAUAAUCGCUUAACUCAGGGUGUUUUCAAUAAUCCAAAGUGUCACUGAAAAUAAAAUCUGUCCAUGCUAUGA